GCCUUCAUUCUAAGGCGGGCAGCCGCCCGGGCGGUAGCAGCCUCCGCCAUGUUCUGCUACUCCGAAGGUUUGUUGGCCGCCUUCUCGGCGCUGCUGUUGGCGGCGCUGGCGCUGAGCCGGAGCGCGGCGCUCUCCUGCCUCUUGGCCGGCGGCUUCUACUUGGCGCUGCGCCUCUUCAGCCUGGAGCCCGUCCCUCCGCAGCGAGCGCAGCUGGUGGUGCAGCCCCGCGGGAACCCCGCCCGCAUCGCCCACCGCGGAGCCGGGCACGACGCCCCCGAGAACACGCUGGCCGCCAUCAGGCAGGCAGCAGAGAACGGCGCAACCGGUGUGGAGAUUGACCUCGAGUUCACUGCCGAUGGCGUCCCCGUCUUGAUGCACGACAGCACCGUGGACAGGACCACGGACGGGACGGGGAACUUACGCGAUUUGACCUUCGCUGAGAUUAGGCGGUUUAAUCCCUCUGCGAAACAUAAAUUAUGGAGGGAUUAUCGUGGAGAGAAAAUACCAACCCUGAAAGAAGCUGUUUUGGAAAGUAUGCAUUAUGACCUUAUCAUCUACUUUGAUGUUAAAGGCCAUGCAGAUCAGGCAGUUACAGCUCUAAAACAUCUUUACCUGGAAUAUCCUCGGCUGUACAAUACUAGUGUCGUCUGCUCUUUCAUGCCAGAUGUUGUCUAUAAGAUGAGACAAGCUGAUAGGAAUGUUAUAACUGCUCUAACUCACAGACCAUGGAGCUUUAGUCACUUUGGAGAUGGGAAGCCUCGCUAUGAAUCCUUUUGGAAACACUAUCUCAUGAUGGCAUUGGAUGUUGUUUUAGACUGGAGCAUGCACAAUUUUCUAUGGCAAUUAUGUGGAGUUUCAGUUUUUCUGAUACAGAAAAAUUAUGUUUCACAGGAGUAUGUGCAACAGUGGUCAUCUAAAGGAAUUCAAGUUGUUGCUUGGACAGUGAACACAUUUGCUGAAAAAAUUUACUAUGAAAACGUUCUCCAAUGCAGCUAUAUCACUGAUAGCUUAGUAGAGGACUGUGACCCUCACUAUUAGUUCUGGCCUUACUGGAUCCUUCUGUGUUUGCUUUAUUAGGCAGACUGAAGUUCAAAAGCACUGGAACAUCUAGGAUUCAUAUGAUCAAAGAUGCACUGAAAUUCUUGAGAUGGAAUUAUUACAUCAGAUUGCAUCAGAUUGUGUCCUUCCAUCAUGGAUUAAGAUUUUAACAUUACAAUAAUUUCUAAUCUUUAAAAAAAAUGGAAAAUCUUGAAAAGAUAUAGCUGUAAGGCCUAAAGAACCCCCCCCCCCCAAUAUAUAUUGAGUUAUAGACUUGGGACAAUAUGUGUGCUGGAUCUUCAGGGGAUUUACACUUAGCCCAGAAAAGCAGCUUGAAAACAGCUUGAUACUUGGCUUUCACAAAUCACUGAUGUAACUUGAAACACAUUAAUUAGUUGGUGCUUAGUAAAGGAACAGUAAGGAAGGGGGACACUUUAUACUCCUGUAAGACAGAAACAGCUACAACCAGAUUGUAUCUUCUCCCACCUUGAUGAGGCUGCAGUUGUCAAGGAAAACAAAACUAUACUACUAUGCAAUGAGAAACAGCACAAAACCCAAGGUUUGUGAUACAGAUCUAGCACAUUUUGAAACAGCAUGCAAAGGGGUCUUGCAGGACCUUUGAGACUAACUGAAAGGCAGAAAUUGAUAGUAGACUUGAGCCUACAUGAGGAAAAAAAAGCUCAUGCUACCAACUUCUUUCAGUUAGUCUCAAAGGUGCUGCAAGAUCUCUUUGCGUAUCGAUUUUCCAGACUCACACAGCUAUGUCUUUGAAUUUUUAACUAGGUUUGUAAAGACUGUAUUGUACCCAGGUUUGUGCCUUUUACCUUGCAUAAAGGGCAUUAUGAUAUGUGCAGUUCCACUUGAUUUCAAAGAAGCCACUCCUCUGGAUGUGCAGGUCUGUGAUUCAGGGUGACCUAAAGCUUAUUGUGGAGUGCAUACAAACCAUACCUUACCGUUUCCCACAUUGUUUGUCUAUAUGAUUUAUAGCCACGCGCAAUGGAGUGUCCUGCCCUGCAAGAAAGUGUUGAGUGGGGCAUGUUUCAAUAUACUGUCAUAAAGGACACCCUUCAGGAGAUGUUGGUGUUAAUGUUGGUUUCAAAGCAUAUUAUGGUGAGUGUACAUCCAGUUUCUUGUAAUUUCCAUCAGGGUCAUUAUGCAUUAAAAUACCACAAUGGUCUCGGUGGAACAGAAUUAUUAGUCAGAUCAGACAAUCUCAUCCACUGAUAAAGAUAUGAUAUGUUCUAAUUAACAUCUUGAGAUGGAGGAGCAUUUCAAUGCUGGUCUCUCAUUAAGUGUCAUAAAUAAGCUUUAUUUUGAACUUUUACAUGAAUAAGGAACUGGGCACAGAGAAAGUAACUGGCUUCUGCAUUGCUCAGUUUUUGUUGUUUACAAGACAUGUGGGUACUUUGGGAACAGAGGAUGGGCCAGCUGGCAACCAAAAAUGCUACUACUGUUGUACAGAAAAAUAAAAGCAUCCUCAUCAGCUGAUUUAAAGUAUGCAGCUGCAAAGUCAGAGUUGCCACAUUUGUUUUGUGCAUGAUGUGAUUGUUACUCAUUAUCCUUUCCCCCGCCCACAACUGAAUAGCAAUCAAGAAAUACAUAAUCAGACCUACAUUUCUUAUAAAUUGCUGUUUAAUUUUAAAAAAAUCUCACUAGAACAGCAAAAAUAAAGCAAGUCAGGUAGAUUGUAACAAACAUUUGCAGAGCAAGCCUUGGCAAUUCUCAAAAGGGAAGUUACAAUAAUCCACAAUAAGAAUUCUGUUGAAAAUGUGUCUUUAUCUCACCUACAAAUCAAGCACUUUAGGAAAAGUAAUUUUUGGUUUGGUGAUGAGCUUCAUCCUGUCAUCAGUCUGUAUUUUCAAAAAUAAAGCAAAACUGCGUCAA